AUGGUCGAAAUUCCUGUCGGCGCCGUCGCCGCCGCCGAAAAGAACGCAUCCGUAAAGAACCGCAGGUGUCAGUUGAGGGACACGGUCCAGUCGACGGCCCUGGCUGUCCGCGUUCGCGCUCGUUGCCAACAUCAGGGCUGGUUUGACGACAAUGAUGACACCUUUAAGAACCUUCUCGCUAAGCAACAUCGAGUGCACAAAGCCCACGUCAACCGUCCCAUCGACAACAAUAAAGCAGCAGUCGCCGCCUUGUGCAACAGCGGCUGCGCGGAUUGCAGGACGCUUGGACGGCCCGCAAGGCCGAGGAGAUCGAAGGAUAUGCCGAGACCAACGAAUGGAAUGAUUCCUUCGACGCGAUCAAAACUGUCUGCAGUCCCACACCCAAAGGCAUCACUCCUCUUCCCAGCGCCGACUGAACUACCCUUCUCGAUGAGAAGACGCAAAUUCUGCAGCGAUGGGCAGAGCACUUUAGAGGCGUCCUUAACCCUCGUUCCACGAUCUCUGACGCCCGCAUCGUCCGUCUGCCUGAAGUGA